AUGGUAGGCAAACCAUGUGAUGCAGAUGGUAUAUAUCUCCCUCCUGGCGCUCCUCCUCCUCCUCCUGAGAAUGUAGCCUCGGACGACUGGACACCCUUUCAUAGCCGUGCGGAAUUUGAAAUGGCGGAGUUUCUGUACACGCAAAAUCAGAUGUCGGCUGGUCAGAUCAACCGACUGUUGGACUUAUGGGCAUCUACCCUUGCAAAGCACAAUGACAGGCCACCAUUUGCAGAUCACCAGCGAUCUUUACGUGACGUAAAAUGGCAAUGUUUCAUGGUGGCCUAUGACGGUGAGAGACCCGAAAAUCCCAAGCCCUGGAUGGAUGAUAAGUACGAUGUAUGGUUCCGUGACCCAUGUGAGGAGAACGAUCAGCGUCAGUGGAAGGAUUUCAUGUCAGGCGACUGGGCCUGGGACCAGGCAGACGAAAUUGCUAAAGAUCCAAACAUGCUUGGCUCGAUGUUCGUCCCUAUCAUCCUCGGUAGCGACAAAACAACCAUUUCAGUCGGUACGGGGAAUAAUGAAUAUUACCCACUUAUGCGUCAAUCGGGAAUAUUUGCAACAACUUGUAUGCUAAUUUAUGGUCACAACACAUUCAUCCACUCUGCACUCACGCCUGCAUGCACAGCUACAAAAGAACAUGCGGAUGAGCCAACCUUCCGAAAUUUUCGUCGACAAUUAUUUCACUCGUCACUCUCGAAGAUUCUCAGUUCGCUUAAGCCAGGCAUGACGACACCCGAAGUCGCACGUUUUGGAGAUGGUCACUACCGGCGAGUUGUAUAUGGGCUAGGACCUUACAUCGCAGACUACGAGGAGCAAGUACUAUUGACGUGUAUUGUUCGCGGUCGGUGUCCUAAAUGUAUGGCACCUCGUGCCAAUCUUGAUCAAGACUCGUUGUGUCGUUGCCGUGACUAUGUAGAGGCGCUUAUUGAAGAAGGUCCCUUGGGUAACUUGUGGAAUGAAGCAGGGAUAGUUCCAGAACUUGUGCCAUUUACAAACGACUUCCCCCGAGCCGAUAUAUACCAAAUGAUCUCACCCGACAUCCUCCAUCAGCUCAUCAAAGGCGCCUUCAAGGACCACCUUGUGGAAUGGGUCGAAAAAUACCUCAGACACGUUCAUCCAAAACGACGCGCAGAGCAAAUUUUAGAUGAUAUUGAUCGCAGGAUUGCCACUGGACGUGGCUUCAAGCAAUGGACGGGAGAUGACUCUAAGGCCCUGAUGAAGGUCUAUUUGCCCGCAAUUGAGGGUCAUGUACCUACUGAUAUCGUGCGCGCCUUCCGUGCACUCCUAGAAUUUUGCUACCUCGUUCGCCGCAAUAUCAUCACAGAGGAUGUUCUAGUUGAGAUCGAAGAUGACCGCAAAAUCUUCAAGACAUCGGGUACUAUUCCUACCUUCUCGCUGCCUCGUCAACAUUCACUCAAGCAUUACAUACAAAAUAUACGACUUUUUGCUGCGCCCAAUGGCCUCUGCUCAUCGAUUACUGAGAAUAAGCACAUCAAAGCGGUCAAAGAACCUUGGAGACGAUCGAGCCGUUUUCGCACGCUUGGUCAAAUGCUAUUGAUCAAUCAACGGCUCGACAAAAUUUCAGCAGCACGAGUUGAAUUCACAUGUCGAGGGAUGUUAGCUGGCACCUGCCUCUCAGCAGCUAUGAAUGCCUUAGCUGCACCUUUGUGGAUUAGUAUUGAUGGGGACCUCGAAAUCGAUGAUGGACCAACCGUUUUACAAGCCUUCGUGCAGCUGGCAAAAACCCCCCAGUGGAAAAAGCAUGCUCAAACUGUCCCUGCACUCGCUGAAGAACUCAGUAUACCUCGCCUUCCCGACCUCCUUGCACAGUUUUUAUUCCAACAAUUACACCCUGACGAUCACCGUGACCCAUGUGAUGUACCUCUCGUGGAAUGUCCUCGCUAUCUCAACAAAAUAUUGGUUUUUAAUUCAGCCUCGUCACGCUUCUAUGCGCCCAGUGAUUUAAGCAGUAGCGGUGGCAUGCGCACUGAGCACAUCCGCUCUUCUCCAUCCUGGCGCAAUGAGCACUCGCGCUACGACUGUGUUUUUGUAAACACAGACUCUGAUUUACCUGGCAUGCGAGGCCUCGAGGUUGCUCGAGUUCGCACUUUUUUUUCAUUCAAGUAUCGGGGUAAUACAUAUCCCUGCGCCGUGAUACACUGGUUUGACAAGGUUGGCGACACUGCAGACGAAGAUACGGGAAUGUGGAUCGUUAGUCCCGCAGGUGGCGCAUCCAAGCAUGCUGUCAUUCAUGUCGACGCUAUCUAUCGUGCUGCGCAUCUCAUUCCGGUGUAUGGCAUGGAGUUUUUGCCUCAGGGAUUCAAAUGUCACGACUCGUAUGACGCAUUUCGAACUUACUACGUGAAUAAGUAUGCUGACCACCAUGCAUUUGAGAUUGCAUUUUGA